AUGGAAGCAAUCACGGAGGGAGUGAACAACGUCAACAUCUCUGAAGCUUAUAAGAAGAAUCGCAUUCAGGUCUCCAAUACCAAAAAGCCCCUAUUCUUUUACGUUAAUCUCGCCAAGAGGUACAUGCAACAGCAUAAUGAGGUCGAGCUCUCAGCACUGGGAAUGGCUAUUGCUACAGUGGUUACUGUUGCUGAAAUCUUGAAAAACAAUGGGCUUGCUGUUGAAAAGAAAAUCAUGACAUCAACAGUUGAUAUAAAAGAUGAUUCUAGAGGAAGACCAGUCCAGAAGGCCAAGAUUGAAAUAUUGUUGGGGAAGACUGCAAACUUCGAUGAGUUGAUGGCUGUUGCGGCUGCAGAAGAUGGUGAAAAUGGAGAUGCUGAAGAGCACACUGCAUGA